CCCCCUUCUCUGUACUCGGUUUCGUGCUCGUAGAACCCGAGGGACUUAGGUCGCUCCUUAUCUCCCUACUCGUGCCCGGAAAUGGCGACCUCCGCGCUAUCGAGGGCCUUGAGGCGGCCCUCGCUGCUGUACGCAUCGAGAUACGCAAUGAAUAUUAAUGUUCAAGUGAUUAAAGGAAAUAGGCAUUCAAGUUAUCGACGAUUUAGUAUCUUCAAUGAGUUCUCAAAGCAAUUGAAAGGAGAAGCUAAAAGUAAUACAGAAUUCCAACAAUCAAUGAAGGACCUAAAUGAGAAAAUUGGAGUGGUAAAGGAAGAUAUCAAAGUAAGAACACAGAAAACCACAGAGAAGUUAUAUAGGACAGUUGAUGAUGUUUGGACAGAAGCUGAAACAGUAUCAAAGAAGGUCUCUGAAAAUGUGAGAGAGCAGUUAUCAGCUGCUAAAGAAGAGGUCAAAGACACGCUCGGACUUGGAAAGCAGGAGCCGUCUACAACGUCCAAUUCAUCAAGCACUUCCAGUCCAAAUGAUGGAAGCACACCAACAUCAGAAGCAGAGAAAUUUCAAAAUUUUAAAGCUAACAGUAACGAAGAAUCAUCUGGAGAAACAGAAACACUGUUUGGCAAGUUCAAGUCCACAGUUUCAUCAACUUCUCCUACAGUCUCCCAAGCAUUUCGGAAAUUGACGGAAGCAAAGAUCACAAACUUAGCUAGGAAAGGAUAUGAAAUAGUAAAAGAUGAGCUGAGCUCUAACCAAACCAGGAAAAAGCGCAUGCAGUAUGCUUCUGCUUCUGUUUCAUCUGAACCAAGAAGCACAAGAACUGAUAUUGUUGUUGUUCCUACAAAAAAAUCAAUUUUAGGUGAGAAAUGGGAGGCAUUUAAGAAGAAGAUGCAUGACCAUCCUAUUUUUAAGCACGUUAGUGGCUACAGCCAACCAGUUGUAACAAUGGGACAAGAGUUAGCGGAGGACAUGCGAGAGAGGUGGGAGACAAGCGACAGUCCUGUUGUUCACAAGAUUCAAGAUUUGAAUGAAACUGUUUUUGGAGAAACUGCAACUGCUCUGUCUUUCAAGGAAAUUCGACGCCGAGAUCCAUCUUUUUCGCUGCCAGACUUUGUUGCUGAAGUUCAAGAAAUGAUCAGGCCUGUUCUGACUGCUUAUUUCAAGUGUGAUGUUGAAACUUUGAAGAAGUAUUGCAGUCCUGAAGUGAUUGAACGAUGUAAGGGAGAGCGAAUGGCUUAUGAGAGUCAAGCCAUGUUUUUCGAUAACAAGAUUCUCCACAUUUCUGAGGUUGAUGUUCGGGAAACUAAAAUGAUGGGUUCGUCUCCUAUAAUUAUAGUAGCUUUUCAAACACAGCAGAUCUACUGUGUGCGUGAUAGAGAAGGCUCAAUAACAGCUGGUGGAAAGGACACAAUCCAGACUGUAUAUUAUGCAUGGGCUAUGCAACAAAUGGAUGCCGAGGAGCUUGGAGAAGGAGCAUACUACCCACAAUGGAGGUUACGAGAAAUGCAGCAACUGGGCGUUCAAUCACUUAUCUAGGAUUGACCACCGUCGUACCAUGGUCCCAAGGUGUUUUCUCGGGCGUUGGCUGCUUCAAGAGAAUCUAUGACCAUUUCAGUUUAACCAAUCUCUUAGGAGAAGGUGCCAUUUUUCCGUAUACAGAUGAAGCGAACCUCUGAAAAAAUCACCUUAAAAUAAUUGUUUUCUUCAUCAUGGUGGGUUGUUUUGAGGAGGAAGGCUAUUCUUUUUCUUUGUAAUAUGCUCAGCAAAAUUUGAUACCCAGAGGGUUCAUAGUGGUGUAUAAUGUACUAGUAAAAUUGAGCUGCUGAUUCCAAUUUUGUUUUCACGUUACACUACUAUCAUAAACCAUUCAUGUCUUUUAUUUUUUUUCCACUUUUUUGUCA